AUAACCAUUUUCUUUUUUAUUAAAAAAAACUAGGAGCCAAUAUGGCCCUGCCUACCAAGAAAAUUGAUUAAAUAAAUUCUUGGGAAAGAUUAAUUAGAACAUCAAGAACUAAAGCCCUUUUUCUCUUUCUCCUCUCUUUUCUUUUCUUCUUCCUUGUUUAUCCCUUUCUUCCAUGCUUGUUUUGUCCUGAUUUAUUUCUGCAUGAAAAAUAAAAUGUAUCCUCUCAUGCAAAACUUAAAUGGGUAUAACCAAUUCGUUGCUAAGCCAUUAGAUCAUGCUUCAUCCCAAUCAUAUUCUAAUUGCCCUCAUUUAUUACCUAAUGGAUAUGGUAUGCCCUCACUACCAACACAACAACUUCCUCUUGAUAGGUCUUCUGUAUAUAUUCAAAGAGCCCCUAUUGGAAUAACCAAACCUAUCCAAGGAACAACUUGGUCAACCAACAUUUUUGAAUGUUUUAGAGACCCCAAAAAUUGUCUUAUAACAUGUGUUUGUCCAUGCAUAACAUCCGGGCAAAUUGCAGAAAUAGUGAGUGAAGGACAAACAUCAUGCAUGGAAGGAGUGAUAAUAGACGUGUUGCUCUGUUGCUUAUGUUUUGCUACACCUCUUUAUACUUUUUACAACAGGGUUAAACUGAGAAGAAAAUUUAAGUUGGAAGGGAAUUACUGUCUUGAUUGCCUGAUUCAUAUAGCUUGUUGUUGUUGUGCAUUAUGUCAAGAAUAUCGAGAGCUUCAUCGUCAAGGAUUUGACCCUACACUUGGAUGGGCAGAAAAUAUUGAGCGACAAAGCCACGCUAUUGCUGUAUUUACCAUCACCCCACCUCCGGUUCAAGAAGCCAUGAAAAGAUAGAAAAACAUCUCAAUUUUUUUUAAUCAGUUAAUUGUCAAGAUAAAACCAGCUACACAUCGGUUUGCUUUGACUAAUGCAACUAUCUUUGAGAAUUUCUUCUAAGAUGUCUGCUUCUUGUGGCUCAGUGCUGGAAUGUCCCGAGCUAGUUUUAAUUUUUUCCCUCAAUGUAGGUGAAUUCUCAAAUAGUUUGUGAUCACAAGAACUAUUCAUUGGAUUACCUUCUUGAAUUAGGAUUAAAAACAAAUUUUGAAUGUUGCAUAUAUUUCUCACUUCAAGUAGAUAGAAAUUAAUCAAUCUCAAGUAAAUAUUAUUAGGGGUGUGCAUCGGUCGGUUCAGUUUGGUUUUAUGUGUUAUUGGUUCAGUUUAUCGAUUUUCUAUUUUUAAAUAUGUAAAAUCAAUAACCAACCAAUAAGAUAUUUUUUUACCA